AUGAAUAUAGAUAACAGUACUCAUUUUGCGCUUCAGCUAAGAGAAACGUUAAAUGAGACACUUAAUUUAACGAUUUCACUAGAAGAGUUUCAUAGUAAUGCUUUCAGAUCGAAGCUGAAUGGAGAGUCAAGAAGAAACAUCAACAAAAUUUAUAGAGAAGUUGAACAUUUUAAAGAAAUCUUGGAGAGGCAGAAAAUAAUUAAAACCCAAGAAAGCAUUAAAAAAGUGCCAAAGAUCUUGCAGGCACCAGUAGAAGGAAAUGAGAAAAUAAUAACUCAAAGUUUAAGGAAACUUAAGGGGAAAAAUGUAUUAUACUUAUUUUUAAUGUAUAGAAAUACUGUAAAUGAUCAAUAUUAUUUCCUUAAUAUAUAGAAGCUGGAUGAAAAUAACUGUAAAUGGGUAUAAAAGACACAUUGAGAAUUUCUACAUCAAGAAUGAAUUUAAGAAAAAUUGGAAAAUAUGAGCCACUUACUGAAAGAAGUGGGGUAAGAUCAAUGACUCCUUCACAAAAGAACCAAGAUUCAAGCUUUGACAAGAAAUUUGGCAAAACCAUGUCAUCAUGAGCAAUAAAGCAAAAACGGACUCUUGAUCAUAUUGAAUUAAUCGAAAACCGCUUAUCCUCUUUGAUCAAAAGACUAACCCUAUACUUAUCAAACAAUUUUCAUAUAUAGAAAUUUAUAUAAAAAAAAAUUCAAUAGAAAAAUAAUCAUAUGUCUUAAUCUAUAUAACUUUUUUUCUUAAAUAAACUUCGACAGGCCACUCAAUCAAGAAUAGGAAGUUAGACGAAUUCAAAAAAGAACUAGGCGGCCUUACAAUUUUUUGUGAAGCAAACCCAGGCGUCCCUUGAAUUAACGACAAGCCUCUACUUCGCAAAUUAUUUGAAAAUCCUGAAGAAAGGACAACAUUAUUGAAAAAAUAUAACGAAACACACAGUGCUGAUCUAAAAGCAAGAGGGAUUUCAACGCCUGGACUUUUAAAGCAAAAGUUACUAGGACUGCAGACCAGAAUAAAAGAUGAAGCAAAAGCUGAAAAAAAUGCCAUUACAAAGACAAUCUUGAAGUAUUUUACAGAGCUUGAAAAGCCACCAAACUACGAUAUAAUUGAAGACCCAAAGCAGCUAUUAAAUAGAUGUAUUUUUAGAUUUAAGCAAGCUCAAACAGAACAAGACCAGAAAUUGAUUAAUACAUUAAGUAUUAAAUCAAAGUCUCCUUAUAGGAGCUUUAUAAAGAAUUAA